UUGUUCGAAAUGCUUAAAGUUUCUGAAAUUUGGACCAUGUAUCUGUGUAAUGUUUAUACUUGUGUGUACAUCUGCUAAUAAGAUUAGAAAGGUUUUACUGUGUACUUAAGAUCUGCCAAACGUAUACUCUCUCUGCAUGAAAAAUCACUGUUAAUUAGUCCUUAUGGUUGAAGGAAGUUAAUUUUAUGAAGGUGGUGGCCAGCUAGCAUGUUCCAGUCCUGCAAAAUGCAUUCCAAAUUUCGAUUUUAUCUCAUUCUUAUAGCAAGCAGUGGAAUAAUAUUCCUUAUUUUGUAUAAAACAUUAGCUACUGAAGACCAUGAUUCUGAAUCUCAUGCAAAUUUUGUCCAUGUAGAUCCUGAUGGCUCGUAUAAGAAACUGCCUUUUCGAACUGGCCCUUUGGUAAAUAUAAAUGAUUUGCUUCCUGUAACACAAUCUUUGAAGCAUUUGGAAAGGCAGCGAUUAAAGGAAGCUCAGGUUCAUGCUAGUAUUCAUCAAAACUCUGCAUCGAGAUCUGGUUCAUCAAAGCAAUUCAAUACACUUGAUGAGAUGAGUAGGGAUGAUGUUGAAAUAGAUCACCCUGCACGCUCAGUAAAUGAACGUGUGAGUAAAGGUAUAAGAACACCUAAACCAGAAGAAUUAAUAAACAUAGACAAAAAGUUUGUUCAUUUAGAUCUUAAAGGAGCUCCUCCUAUAAUAAAUUAUUAUAAAAAAUUGUUUCCUCUACUUCAUGCACUUGGUGCAACUGGCAUUCUUAUUGAAUAUGAAGAUAUGUUCCCAUUUCAUGGCCCUUUGGAACAGCUUUCUGCUCGUAAUGCAUAUACAAAAAAUGAACUCACUGAGAUACUGUAUCUUGCAAAGAUGAAUGAAUUAGAGGUCAUGCCUUUAGUACAAACUUUUGGGCACAUGGAAUUUGUGUUGAAACUUCAAACUUACCAGGAUCUUCGUGAAGUACCCGCAUAUCCACAAGUUAUUUGCCCUUCCAACAAUGGAACUCAGGUGCUUCUUCAACAAAUCAUUGAUCAAAUAGUAGCAUUACAUCCACAAAUAAAAUGGUUGCAUAUUGGAUCAGAUGAAGUAUAUUACAUAGGAGAAUGUAAUCUGUGCCAGAAAAAAAUGAGAAAACAUUUUAUGGAUAAAGAAGAUCUUUUCAUUUAUCAUGUUAAAAAUGUUGCCAAGUACAUAAAAGAGAAGUAUAAAAUACAACCUAUAAUGUGGGAUGAUAUGUUUCGUAUGGUUCCUGAUGAAACAAUAAAAAAAUCUGAAAUAUGGAAGUAUGUUGAAAUAAUGGCUUGGCAGUAUGGACCAUAUGUUGAAAACAAAAUUCAGCCCGAUGCUUGGAUAAAGUAUGGAAAAUAUUUCUCUGGUGUGUGGGUUGCUAGUGCUUAUAAAGGGGCCACUGGAGCUAAUCAGUAUUUAACGAAUAUUUCAUAUCAUCUGGAAAAUCAUAUUUCUUGGCUUAAUGUUUUAUCUAAAUAUCAAAAUGAAGUUUUUUUUCGUGGUUUUGUAUUAACUGGUUGGCAGCGCUAUGACCAUUUUGCUGUUUUGUGUGAACUUUUACCAGUAGCAAUUCCAUCUCUUGCUAUCAAUUUGUUGUACCUGGAGAAACAAGUUGUGGAUAAUAAUCUUUUUCAAAAGGCCAGAGACAUUUUGAUGUGUGACUCAAGAUUAACACUCUAUACUAAUUUCAGUACGGAAGAAGCAUUAUGUAAUUAUCCAGGAAGUAAUGUUUUUAAAGGUGCUCAAAGACUUGCUCAUUUGAACUUCAUGCUGCAGAACUUUCUAUCAAAUAGCCACUUUGUUGGCUGGAUGAGUGAAUACAAUGUCCAGAUGUUAUUUUCAAGUCCUGCUCAUGUUGAACUUGGAACUCAAAACCUGGAAGCACUUUCCACAAAUGCUACUUUAUUACACACAUUUAUACAAAACACAAUGCCUGAAGUUUAUGAUAAGCACACAAUUGACGAAUGGCUAAUGACAUAUGUGAAACCUUUAAUGGUUUUAAUUGAAAAAAUUCGAACUAAUGCAAAUAACUUAUUAAAAUUUCGAUCAUGGCCACGUCGACCCCUUAGUAAGUAAUUAAAUUUGUGUACUUUCUUUUACCUGUGGCUUAAGCAUGUAAUUCUUUUUUUGUGAGAGAUAUUCCAAUGAAAACAAUAUUCUGUUCAUUUCAUUUCUAGGUUUAUUCACCUAGAAAUGUAUAUUUUUAGAUGUUUGGGAUAGGCUGUUCAUAGUGAAAUUUCUUAAAAGGUGAUAUAUUUUGUUUUUUUAGAUAUUUUUCCUGUGUAUUUACUUGUAACUACACACACGCACCAUAUGUAUAUGUAUCCUUGUGUGUGAUAUAUGUAUGUAUGUAUAAAGUAAAUGUAUAACAUCUGUUGCUAGAUUGUUUUGUAAAUGUUAAGAUUUUAUUUUGAUUCUUUAGAAUGCCGUAUUUUUUGCUUUAAUAUAUUUGAGACUAUUUAAUUUUUCCUCAUAAAAAAUUUAU